AUGACUUCUAGAACGCCUGCAUCGAAGAAUGAGCCCAUCGUCAUCGUGGGCGCUGGUGUCUUUGGCCUUUCAACUGCACUUGAACUCAAGAAGAGAGGUUAUCAACAUGUCACAGUGCUCGAUAGGUAUUUACCACCUGUGAUAGAUGGAAGUAGUGUUGAUAUUUCACGUGUUAUUCGCGUGGAAUAUGCUGAUCCUUUCUACGGCAAGAUGGCGACUGAAGCCCUCGAAGGCUGGACAGGUCAAUAUUCACAACACUACCAUCAGUCGGGCUUUGUGAUGCUCACUGAUGCUGGUGGGAACUCCUUUGUUGAGCAGAGUAAAGAGUCUAACAAGACUCUUGGUGGGACACUGGAGGAGUAUGAGAAUGCACACGAUAUUCGAAAACAGUUUCCUGCGGUCCAGUCUCAGCUUGAUGGCAAGAAGGCGUACUUCAACAAGACUGGUGGUUGGGCGGAUGCCGAGUCUAGUAUACAGCAACUAGCUACCGAGUGUUCUCUUGCUGGUGUGUCGUUCAUCACAGGCCCCAGAGGGAGAGCUUUAUCUCUACGUUACAGCGACAAGAAAGUCACGGGUGUCAACGUCGCCGAAGGUGACACUAUCCCUGCCGCACAGGUCAUUAUAGCCACUGGAGCGUGGUCGAACAGACUCCUCCCAAUCAGUCAUGCCUCAUCUGGUUCCGGACAGCCAGUUGGCUUUAUUCGUCUCACCCCCCAUGAAGCAGAGAGACUCAAGGACAUGCCCGUCAUCAUCAAUCUCAGCACAGGAGUCUUUGUAUUUCCUCCCACGCCAAAGACAAAUAUUCUCAAGAUUGCUCGUCACGGUUACGGAUGGGCUACUGAGGUUGAAGUCAAAGAUCCUCUCGGGCAAACUCGAGUGGUAUCAUCUCCUAAACGAGACGAAAACAACGCAACAACCAAUUAUUUACCAGCAGAUGCAUUGAAAGCUCUUCGUGAGGGACUACAAGAUCUCGUACCAGAGGUUGCCGACCGGGAGUGGUUGAGAACACGACUUUGUUGGUACUCUGAUACACCUGAGGGAGACUUUAUCGUGGAUCAUCAUCCCGUGCGCGAGGGUCUUUUCCUUGCUACUGGUGGUGCUGGACACGCUUUCAAAUUUCUCCCUGUGCUUGGAAGAUAUGUUGUUGAUUGUUUUGAAAACAAGGCUCCUAAGGAGCUUCGACACAAGUGGAGGCUACGAGCGCCAACUGGACAGGACAUGGUGAAGCAGGGUGAUGGUAGUCGGGGCGGUCCUCCUUUGAGGAAGUUGACAAGAGCUGAGCAGUCCAAGUUGUGA